AGCAGUGCAGACAGAGCAGCAAGCUCUACGGAGUCCCCCACCACAAUCCUCCUUAAGGAGAACACUCUGGUGUUAGCAAUAGCAGUUGCUGGUGUAUUGGAUUUGUGUGUCGUGAAUAAAGUAAAGUAGUGCGCUUGACUCUGCAGGCUCUUCUCUUUGUAUAUGUGCUGUGCUUUGUAAAAUGGCGGUGGACGUGCUGCUGCUCGUCGGCAACGUCUGAUCGAGUAUCAUCGUCGUCCUGAGCGAGAAAGAGAGAGAAAACAUACUGUGUGCAGCAAGCAACCUGACAAAACGGAGUGUACAACCGAAACGGAAAAAAGCUUCGUUUUUCUCGGAAAAGGCGGAAAGACCGCUAUGCGAGUCCCCGGUAUCACGGCAUCAUCAUCAUCAGCAAGUUGUUAUUACCUGAGCAGCGCCGGCGGUCCAACUACCUCUUUUUUGGUUCUAAAAUAUUGAAGAAACACCGCCAAAAUGAAGAUUGACAGGAGUAGACUAAAAAAGUGCACUUCUGAAGUGCCAGCCGAGUGCCAAGCCUUGAUAACCAAGCUGCGCUCUUGCUCACACACUGAGUUGUUAGAGGAGUUGAAGCAGAUUGAUGCCUGGACUUUUGGAAAGUGUGAAUUGUUUCAUUGGAUUGAUGUUUUAGAUCUCAGUGAUAGUAUAUUGGAGGAGGCAGCUGCUAAGAGCCCAGACAACCCAUGGGAAUUGGCCUGUGAUCUUCCACAAAACAGAGAGGCAAAAGAAUUAUUACUUUGGGUUCUCCAUUUUACAACGCUACUUAUAGAGCACUCUUUUUCACGACACCUGUAUAAUAGUAUGGAGCAUCUUGUUACCCUGCUGUCCAGUUGUGAUAUGCAUGUGGUUCUUGGUGUUCUAAAUCUUCUGUACAUGUUUAGCAAACGAAGUAAUUUUAUCACACGAUUAAACAGCGACAAAAGACAAGCUUUACUUAGCAGAUUAACUCACUUAGCUGAGAGUUGGGGUGGUAAAGAAAAUGGUUUUGGCCUAGCGGAUUGUUGUAAAGAACAUCCAGACAAGCCUUUUCCCGUAAGUGCAACCACGUUACAUUUUGAAUUUUAUGCUGAAAAUCUUUCAGUUCAAGAAACGUCCAGUGGCACCCCAAGUGGUGGUAUAGUAAAAAAGACUGCUCAGACAAAUCUUGUAACAUAUAUACACAUCGAAAAUGUAGAUAAAGUCUGCAAAACCCCUGCGCAGAUAAUGAACGACUUACUAAAAGUUUAUAACGUACCUCAAGAUCGACAGAUGGCACUUUUGACACAUAUUAGGUUAGUACAUAGCUUUUCGGAUUAUUGGCGACGAUUGCAAUGCGUGCAAGCACGGCUGCAAGCUCUCUCAGUGCUUGUGUAUAGCAAUGCGCUUCAAGAGAACGCGCACAGUCUUCUUCAUCCUGGCCUCCUCGAGGAACUUGUCGAACUACUUGAACUUCCACAUCCUCAUCUCGUUGAAAUCCGCGCUGCAGCCCUGCGAACUUUGACAAGUAUCAUUCAUUUGGAUCGAAACCCUCAUCAUCCCAAAAAAUCGGGUUCUCGUUUGAACACAAUUAUCGAUGUCACGGGCGCAAGUUCGUAUCAUGGAUUCUUGCCAGUUCUCAUUCGUACGUGUAUAACAACGCUCACGUCACCACAACCGGAGAUGCAACCUUUCCCUUUGCCAUUAGCUACAGCGCUCUUUAGUUUUCUUUACCAUCUCGCCAGUUAUGAAGCGGGUGGCGAAGCGCUUGUCAGCUGUGGUAUGAUGGAAAGCCUCUUAAAAGUUAUCAAUUGGCCUGGCAGAGAAUUAGAGCACAUCACGUUCGUCACAAGAGCUGUGAGAGUAAUCGAUUUAAUAACAAACAUAGAUAUGCAAGGCUUUCAAGCUCACAACGGUUUAGCGAGUUUCAUUAAGCGUCUUGACAUGGAAGUGAAUGUCUGUCGUAAAGAACAGCCAUUCGAAAUUAUUCCAGAAAUAGAGCCAGCAGAAGCUCCGCAACCGGCAGCUGCUGCUGCUGCUGCUGUACCAUCUGUUGCCACUGCUGAUGAACCAGCAAAUCCGACGCAACAGCAAGAGUCACAAGUAAACGAGGCCGAGGAGUCAUUGAAUCCCAUGGAGACGUCUGAAGACGAAAAUACAAGUUCGAAGAGCGAGAUCAAACUAAUCCCUCCCCAAAAUUAUACUCCUGUGAAAACGGGCAAGACGUGUUUGCCUCAGCGAGCAGCACUAAUUAAAUCGAUGCUCAACUUUCUGAAGAAAGCUAUCCAGGAUCCCAUGUUCAAUGACAGUAUAAGACACAUUAUGGAAGGAACACUGCCAUCCUCUUUAAAGCACAUUAUCAGUAAUUCCGAGUAUUAUGGAUCGUCACUCUUCCUACUUGCCACUGACGUCGUGACUGUCUAUGUGUUUCAAGAGCCGUCGCUUCUAUCUACCUUGCAAGACAAUGGAUUGACCGACGUCGUAUUGCAUGCGUUACUAAAUAAAGACGUACCAGCAACGCGAGAAGUCCUUGGUUCACUGCCUAACGUGUUCAGUGCUUUAUGUCUGAACCAGCGCGGCCUCAACUCAUUUAUGAGGCGACAACCGUUCGAACGAAUUUUCAAAGUGCUUCUUUCACCAGUCUACCUAUCGGCGAUGCGUCGUCGCCGCAGUACCGAUCCUCUUGGCGACACAGCUUGCAACCUCGGAAAUGCAAUGGACGAGUUAAUGCGUCAUCAACCGAGUCUCAAGACUGAUGCAAUGAAAGCGAUCGUCAAGCUUUUGCAGGAGCUCUGCGUACUCGGUUGCGAUGCGCGUUAUGUGUGUUGGCGUGCGGCCAGUAAAACCGAAAAUUCACCGUCGAUCAGCAGCUCUAGCAGUCGUCAAUCACUGUCCAGCGGUCAGUCUGUUGGUGUCGGUGUUGGCGAGAGUGGUGGAGGUUCUGGAGGUGGAGGUGGCAGCAGUAGUGAUGAAGAAGAGGAAGACGAGGAAGAGGCUAGUACCAGUUCGCAUCCUCAAAGAGAAGAACAACCUUCACCUUCUCCUGCCCAACCUGGACCACCCCCGCAGCCUAAAGAAAAAAUACCUAUUGCUCUUGUUGAUUACAUACACAAUGUCAUGAAAUUUGUCGACGCGAUACUUAGUAACAACUCAACUGAUGAUCAUUGCCGCGAGUUUGUCGCGCAAAAAGGCCUCGUGCCGCUUUUGUCCAUUCUGGGAUUGCCAAACCUGCCGGUUGACUACCCUGUGGCGCAAGCUGCUCAAGCUGUCGCCUCAGUUUGUAAAAGCAUACUGAACCUGGCACACGAACCAUUAGUUCUAAAAACUGGUCUCAUCCAACUAAACGAGGUACUUCAAUUGCUAAAACCUCUGAAUAGUCACAUGGAGUCACCUGGUGGCUCCAUAUUACUACACGAACUUGCCACGGCGUCAAAUCUCGAGACUGCUUUCACAAGCGACAAGGCAACGCCGAUGCUUCACGCAAUGAAUGCAGCUCAUGGAUACGUCGUUAUGUUUGUUCAUGUUUGCCGUACAAGUCAGUCCGAAAUACGUAAUCUUUCAAUGAACCACUGGGGAUCCGAACUUGGUCUUGCCGUCCUCAAAGGCCUCUCCGAAUUGUACAUGGCACUCGUUUGGGAGAGCACAUUGCUACUUGCUUUGUGUAGUGAUGGAAGCAUUCCUGCGGGUUGUGAUUUCGGCAAGGAAGACAUGGAUAAACUUAUGCCACCUGAAUUAAGGACAGAAGGAGAGUCAUCAAAUUGGACAGCAAAUGCAGCAGCUGCCGGUGAUGGUAGCAAUGGCAUGACAAGCGCAAUGGAAGCUCUUAGUACAGAUCCUCCACCUGUCUCAAUGGAAGUAGACGAGAAUAAACCCAGUACGAGUACGGGGACUUCUACAACUACGACAGUUGCCACUGGCACUGGUCGUACAUCUCCUAACACCCAUCAGCUUAAAUACAUCAAACCUUUGCUCGGAGCCUCGUCGCGACUUGGACGUGCAUUGGCAGAACUCUUUGGACUUUUAGUGAAAUUAUGUAUGGGAUCUCCAGUUCGCCAGCGUCGUGGCCAACCGACACCGCUCAUGCCUACGUUACCUUCACAAGCAGCGAGAGCUGUAGCCACUGCGCUUAAUUGCCUUUUGAUGAGAGGACUUUCACACGAUAAAUUACCGCCCUCGCCAGUACCAAAAUUCAAGUUAACUUUUCUAAUCUGCUCGGUUGGUUUUACGUCGCCGAUGCUAUUCGACGAGAAAAGACAUCCAUAUCAUUUGAUGCUGCAGAAGUUUGUUAAGUUGGGAGGACAGAAUGCGUUUUUCAGCACCUUCCGGUGGGCGCUGUCGGGUAGUGGUCAGUUUGAUCUGGCAGAAGGCUUAGAGCAUCCGAAUUUGCCCGACGGUACUGGCGAGUUUUUGGACGUUUGGUUAAUGCUUCUUGAAAAAAUGGUUAAUCCUAAAGCAAUCUUAGAUUCUCCUCACGUGGUAUCUACUAAGUGUACCGGACUCUACAAAUUCGAACCAUUUGAUCCUGUCAAGUAUCUCGUAGACAUCCACAAGAAGGCUUUUGAUGCUGUGAUGCUGAUGUGGGGUAAGAAGCCCCUCAAGAAUUAUGGGCCUCGUAUGACAGAGUCCAUUCUGUCGAUUCUUCGACACAUUCUGCAAGGCGAAAAAAUCAUCAAAGAGCGUCUUGAAAAGGAAGAAAGUACUGAAACAAGUGCUGCAGCUGGUACUACUAAUCGCUCAGGAACCGUUGAGCGUCGAGAGGAACCUGAAGCUGACGUGAAUCCGGAACACUUGAGGCAGCUGAUGGACAUGGGGUUCAGCAGAACUCACUGUAUCGAGGCUUUGCUUCAUACUUUGACAGUCGAGCAAGCUACGGAUUAUCUUCUUACUAACCCUGCUACAUUGCGAGUUCCAAGAGCUGAAUUGGCUGGAGCAGAUGCCAAUGGUCAAGAUCUAAUAAUGGAUUUAGAGAUGGGCGACGACGACCAAAUGAUGCAAGCAAUUGCAAUGUCGCUCGACGACUCCGAGGCCACGAUAAACUCUGAGGAGCCUAUCAAAGAAACGUCUAAGACUAUUGACGAGUUCACGCAUACAGCUCUGGAGCAGUGCCUGAAUCUAUUGGAUUUGAUGCCAGACACUGUUUAUAGAAUAUGCGACCUACUGGUGACGAUAACUAAACGCAAUGGCACCGACUGGCGUGACAGUAUGCUCAAACACUUAAUUAAGGAAAUUGGCGAUUUGGUUGAUAAACUUCGAGACACCGCCGAGUCACAGGACGAAAAUGCAGGUUCACGACUUGUCGAGUGUGAAGAAGCUAAUAAGGUAGCCGGCCGCAUCUACUUGUAUACGCUAUUUUUCGAGGGCACUUUCCAAGAGAUGCGCGUGCCAUGUGCGGAAGUAGUCGAACAAUGUGGUAUUCUCGACAAACUUGUAGCUUUACUCGUAGCCAGUGAAGCUCCUCUUACUGCAAGUAAAAAUCGUGCAGCUCCACCUAAAGAUGAAAAAGAAGCCACAACUCUAGCUACAAAGACACCAAAAUGGCUCGCACCGCUUUUAUUGUUAAUCGAUCGAUUGGAAAAAGUGGCAGUUCUUACGCAGCGUAAGCAGCUCAUGCACAGAGUAACCAAUCGCACGUGGAAAUGGUUUGAUCUGAGUUCGGGCAAGUGGAUGCCCUACUCUUCGGCCAACAAUAAAAUCAUUAACGAGGCAUACUGGGCAGGUGAACCAACUGUGCGCAUAAAUUGUAGCAGGCGCAAGUACUUGAUUACUUUCUCCUGUAUGACUCAAGUGAACGAAGAAAGCGAGAACCGGCGUCCAAUCACAAUGGGCUUCAAAACUACCACCCAACCUAUCACUACUGCUGUAGAGGAAGCAGCAGCAAUAACCGUGCCAGCUGUAAUACCUGCGCAAACGGUGCUGUCAAUAACAAACAACGGAGCCACGCAGAUUUCUUCUUCUGAUACUAGUAUGGACACCGAGGACGGUAGCACUACAUCAUCUAAUGAGGAUAAGAGAAAUACUCCUAUACAAGGCCUUGAUCCGAAUGUCACCCCAAACAUCGUUCGUGCUUGUGUAAAAUUAUUGGCCAUUCCAGUUGAUCGCGAUGCUUUGCACGCACUGAUGAAAGUUUGCUUACGACUCACCCGUGACUACACUAACGCCAAAGUUUUCGCCAAAGAGGGCGGAGUGAAAUUAUUGCUCGACAUGACCCAGGCCAGUAGUUUUAUUGGAUGCUCUACACUCAGCACUCUUCUCAUCAGACACACUUUAGAAGAGCCAGAAACUUUAGGUCUUGCAAUGGAGAAAGUCGUGCGCUCGCGCACUCAAACCAAUAUUCCUCCGGCCUACAAAGAAAUUCUAUUCAUGACGCGCCAGAUCAGCAGUGCCGUGUGCCGUGACCCAGAAGUCUAUCGUAAAGUGUGCGAAAAUAUACUACGAGUUGAUGUAAACGUGCUGAAACGCGACGAUGUCGACAAUCGACUUGUAGUCAAAGCUUUACCACCAAGUCUGUCAUCUUCGCAGCCAGUGGAUGAAGAAGUACCGAUUAACGUUAUCCACGAGCUUCUCAAUGCCCUUAUAAAACCAGUUCCUGUUCUUCCUGAGGAUUCUUCUAACACGCCACCUGCUGGCACGCCCGAGAAAAAAAAUGCUACUACUGCUACGAACUCGACGGCCACUACCUCAACAUCGUCGUCGCGUAGAGAUCCACUGCGCAGUAACACCGCAGCAGCAACAAGUGACCCACUCGACGACGAUGAUCAAGUGUCGCAGAUCAUACCGCUUAAGAUGUACACAGAUGUCGGAGCGAACGGUAAAGUCGAGCCCGAAGAGGCUAAGAAACCUCUACUUCCUAAAUCAGCCAUUCUAAAGAUUCUUGCCGAGGCUGUGCGCUCAUAUAGCGCCAUCGCCAAUCUCAUUACCGAAUACACUUAUCGCGCUGGCCAGAGCGAAAUGAUUCAGGAAGACACCAUGGCUCUCGCAUUUCUGUUGGACAAACUCUUACCGAUCUUGCCCGAAAAUUCUAGUGACAGACAGUGCACGGGAAUGGCUCGAAUGCUCAUCGCGGCUAUUGCCUCCUGCAAUCAUUCGCCUGAUGCACAGUGUACUCUCGUUGCUGAAGUAAAAGCUGCACUGACAAGAACCUUGGCUUUGUCCGAAAGCUCGGAAAAACACGCGCAGUUGCAGCUGUUGAUUGGCUUGAUUUCGACGAUGAUCGACAAUUGUCCACCAAGCUCGCAUCAACCAAUCCGCGGCUCAGUCAAACCAAACCAAUAUACAAAUGUUAACUACAUCGUGCGCAUCAUGCUCAAGAAGGGUAUCGUUACCGACCUUGCCAAGAUACCACAUAGCCUUGAUCUCUCGAGUCCCAACAUUGCUGGUACUAUCAACGCUGCUCUCAAACCUCUAGAGACCCUUUCUCGUAUUAUCAAUCAGCCAAUGCCUGGUGCUAUCAGCAACAAAUUACCCAGACCAAAGAAUCGUAACGCUCAAGAGGAACCACACGGCGAACAAACCGGUACUACCACAUCCGAUGCUACCAACGCUGUUGGUGAAGAAGUUAACGAGGAUGCAGAAAAUACCGAACAUGACAUUUCUGCAAAUGCUGAAAGUCUCGAGCCUACCUCUGAAAGUCAACAGCAUGAGGAUGAUGGAGCGGCUCUCGAAGAUAUUAUGGAUCAAUUGCUGGAAAGUGUACUGUUUUCCAGGGAUGGAUCGGCCGUUGCGGAAGAGCCAUCUUCUCGUCCACAUCGGCCGAUGGACAUUGAAGACGAGAGCCUCGCCAUGCGCGAUGGAGAAGGUGAUUUUGAUCCAGCACGAGACACCACUGAGGAUUUGAUGAGUUCAGAUUCCGACUCAGAUAGCAAUCCAUCAGACGAUAACGAGGACGACGUACAAGACGAUGACGACGAAGAGGAAGAAGAGGAAGAAGAUGAUGGCGAAGAAAACGAGGAAGAGGAAGAAGAAGAGGAAGAAUCUUCUAAUUACGACGAAGAUAGACUGAACUACUACGAGGAUCGUGUGCCAAGUAUGUCAUUGCACCUAGUUUCGCAUUCAGCAGCAGAUCGUGACGGCGGCAACGUCGUCAUCAUGCAGCACAACUUCGACAACCAAGACUUAAACGCUGUUGCACCAGCGUCUGGUCGGCAGAGUAUGCCUUGGAAUGCAAACUUUCCCUUCGCUCUUGAUCUCUUCAGCGAAUCGCCCUCCGUUGGUGAAGGCAAUGGUUUGGCUUCCCAUCCUCUCCUCAUGGCCCAGGGUAGUCUGGAUACAGCAAACAAUCGUGCCCAAAGAAUGCUCCGACAGCGCAGAUACCAAUUCCAAUUAUCUAAUCCGCGUCACGCUAAUCCACCAGUGAUUUUACAGAGGCUACUUGGGCCAGCAGCUCAAAACUUGCCUUUGGCUGCAAGUCAAAUUUUGGCUACUUCGUUUAGAGAUACACGAGUUGUUGUCAUGGAUAACGGACUUGGUAUCAUGGCUAAUCCCGAUGACGAGCAAUAUGACUUUGUAGAUCAAUCGGGAUAUCUAUUUGGACCUAGUCUUGCGGCAACCUUAAACAAUGUCCCGACUGCUCUUCACUGGUGGAUCGAAGAGAGCAGGCUACUCGAUGGCGAUUCUCAACCAGAUUGCUGUGUUGGCAUCGUAUACAAGUUGAUUCCUGGUUUAGAAAAGUACAGAAAUGCUGAGCUUGCGGAAAGAAAAGAAAAGCAUAAAAAGCAGCAGGUUGCGGAGAAAGAAGCCGAAAAGAACAAAGAAACCAAAGGAAGUACGAGUACAAAUGUGACUGAAACUGAAGUUCCAAGUACACCGCCUGUUGAAAUGCCUAGAACAUCUACUUCGUCAUCUGAUAGAGAUGAAUCUAGACAGCUAAUAGCAGCUGUGGAGGCUGUCGUUGAGGCUGUGCGGCAAGAAUUACACACUGAUGAAGAACCUAUAGGUGAAAUGGAAGUGACUGUACAAGACGAAGAAGAGAGACCACCGCCUCCACCUCCACAAGAUGAGUAUCAGUCGACCGAAGAAAGAGAAUCUCAAGCUGCAGCACUUACUGCGGCUACUGAAAUUGCCGCGCAUCUUGUUGAUUCGGUUCUCGGUGCUUCCGCUUCAGAAGCUUCCAGAUUACAACGGCAAAAUGACAGACCAGCUGAAGGAUCUUCAACAACAGAAAAUUCCGAAGUCUGGACACCAGCUGAGCUAGUUGACUUUAGUCAAAGCUCGAGCAAUGACUUGUCGCGAGAAAAUAGUGUGCCAAUAGAUUGGAUUAGAAGUUUACUGACCGAUGACACCGUCGAAUCUAACGGAGAAAGAAAUGCCAACGUCAAUCAAGAAACCAAUAGUGCCAGGCCUGAUGCAACGAGUACACCACAACCUGAAACCCAACAAUCUAAUGCUCAAGCAGCUCCUCAAGAAGAAACCACUCAACCGCAAGCAUCUAACGAUGUAACGACCAAUUUGGAACAACAAGACCAAGCAUCAUCUGCCUCACAAGAACCAUCAACACAAGAAGCAGCACAACAAGCUGGGCAUUCGCAAGAACCUCUACUCGACGGCGUUGAUCCAUCAUUCCUUGCUGCCUUACCAGAAGAUAUGCGUGAUGAAGUGAUAGCCGAACAGCUUCGCCUUCAACGCAUUAGGCAACGAGCUGCUCAACAGAAUGUCGUUCAAGAAAUGGCUGGACCUGUCGAGGUUAACGCAGAAUUCUUGGCUGCUCUUCCACCUGCCAUUCAAGAAGAAGUGUUAGCACAACAAAGGCUUGAACAACAGCGACAUGCAGCCGCUUCAGCUAAUCCUGAGGACCCUGUCGACGCAGCAGCUUUCUUCCAAAAUCUUCCACCUUCGCUCCGUCAAGCGAUCCUUACGGAUAUGGAAGAAUCUCAAAUCUCUGUACUUCCACCUGAUCUAGCACAAGAGGCUCAAAAUUUAAGACGUGAGUGGGAAACCCGUAACCGAAUGAUGAUGCAAGAGAGAUUCUUGAAUCACGUUGGUCAAGGUAAUGCCACACUGUCGAGUAUCCUAAGAAAUUCUGGUAGAGUUCGUGGACCCGGAGCUCGUUACGCAAUUCAUGCAAUGCCACAGCGUGCACAGUGGAAUUCACGCUUAGCUGACGCGGGUAUUACUUAUCAAGCAGCUGGUGCAGUGCGACUUCGCGGAAAACAAUUGCUUGACCACGAGUCUAUGGCCUGUUUGUUAGUUUUAUUAUUCAUCGACGAACCGAAGAUUAAUACUCUAAGACUUCACCGAGUGAUUCGAAACUUGUGUUACCAUACGAGCACCAGAGAAUGGGUCGUGAAAGCUUUGCUAAACAUCAUGGAAAGGAGUAAUGAUGAAAAUCGUGAUGCUUUCGUAGACUUUAGCGGUAAAUUCAGAAGGAAAAUUACGCAUUCGAGCAUGGACUACUGUUCUCCAAAAGCCAUUGAUAUGCGAAAUAAUGCACAGUCAUGGCUAAAUAUCAGUAUAGACGCCGCCUUAGGCUGUAGAGCUAAUGUAUUCCAUAUUAUCAGACACGGUGGCAAAAAAUCUGACAGGCAAGGCCACAAUAUCACGAUCCAUCCGCAAGCUUCUCCAACUGUCUGCAGGCACACGUUAGAGUUGUUGAUAUCAUUAGCUAAAAGCUUCCCUGGUUAUUUUGUUCCUAUUAAGUCGAAAGAGUUAGAAGAGAAGGAUAAAGAAAAGGAGAAGGAAAAGGAGAUUAACAAAGAAGAGACUGGUACCAAACCAAAGACUGCAACGAAGCCUUACAAAAGUGACGCCCCAGAUUUCUGGGACAUGCUUCUUAGGCUCGAUUCUUGUGCCUCGAAAAAAGGAAAAUCUGUGGCACGUACACACUCAAAUUCUAAUUUGGGUAGUGAACCCGAACAAUCGGUGUUAUCUUUCGAAGUAUCAUCUUUUGGUCAGCUAAUCUCAAUGCUGAACUGGUCCGUGAUUAAACGAAGCAGUCAGUUAACCGAUAAACUUCUUCGACUUUUGUCGCUGAUCUCGAUAGGCCUCACUGAAGAGCCGCAGCGAAGGGCUGAAAAUACAACGCCGAAGAACAAAAAAUUACCUGACCCUAUUAAAGAGUGGAGUAUCGCUGCACCUGAAGGACACAUCAAAUUAGCGGUACAAGUACUAACGAGCAAGAGUUGCUCGGAAGAAGGCUUGGAAGAUGCUACUGCUUUACUUUUGAAUUUAUCGCACUGUCCUGAUCCUACGCGACAAUUGAUUCUCAAACUUUUGUUGGAAGGAGCAAUGGAAUUGGCUAAUAUGGUUUGCGAACACAUAAACGACCUAAUGAUAGAACUGAAAGUACUGAAUCGUGAGCUAAAUAGAAGAAAUUCAAUGGAAGAGCAACCGUCGACGAGUGGUAGCGGGGUAAACAAAGGUUUCCUUGUAGACAGAUUUACAAAUGAUAGUGUGAUAAUAACGGCCCCAACGAAACUAAAAGCUGGAAGCGACUUGCAACUUCCAUCGAUGGGUACACUCGUCAGUAAAACUUCUAGUCAAGCCUUCUUCCUGCGUAUACUCAAGGUGAUCGUGCAAAUACGCGAAGCCGUACGCCACGCGAGCAAUAAAAAAUCGACUGAGACCAAUGCAACAGCUACCGCAACCACUGUCGCUGCAAUUGAUGAAACUCAGCCAGUUGAAACCGGAAUGGAAGUCGCUCGAAACGAAGGCGAAGAGGCUACAAGUAAUGAUAGUACUACCGAUGCUGACGCUGUUGCCAUGGAUACAACACAGGUUGCAGCUCCAUCAACUACAGUCACGCCGACUGUCGCAGAAGCUGCUGCUCCUGUGGAUGAACCAAAACCAUCAAGUUCGAAUACCGAAGAAGACAGUAAAUCGACGCUGCCAUUGCUAAGUGAAAGUCUUGUGCUGGAUCAUCUGUGGGAAACGUUGAGUGCUUGUUUACUCGAGUUGGAACAUACGCCUGAUCAUCACGCAGUUCUUGUGCUUCAACCUGCCGUCGAAGCCUUCUUCCUUGUGCACUCAUCGUCGAGUACCACAAAUCGCGACCGAAACAACGAUAACAACACCGAUAAUCUCGAUGUGGUGGCUGAAAUUGCCCCAGUGUCGCCAGUCUUUCCAGAAAAUGCCGACGCUGCUGCUGCUCCAGCGGUUGCUGGCGCUGCUGCUCCGCUUGCGGUUUCUGCUAAUGUUGAAGGUGGUGCUGCGGCAUCUUCUGCUGGCUCGGCUGCUAUCAAUCCAGUGACACCGCACUCCUGGGAUGCCCACCCAACACCACAAAAAGUCCUACCGCCUGAUCAGUUGAAGUUCCUCAAAUUUGCUGAAACACACAGGACAGUUCUCAAUCAAAUCUUGAGACAAACAACUACACACUUGGCUGAUGGGCCAUUCUCUGUGUUGGUCGAUCAUACAAGAGUUUUGGACUUCGAUGUUAAGAGAAGGUAUUUCAGAACGGAGUUAGAACGGAUGGAUGAAGGUAUUCGAAGAGAAGAGUUGGCUGUGCACGUGCGUCGUAGCCAUGUUUUCGAGGAUUCGUUUAGAGAGCUUCACCGGCGCAAUGCAGACGAGUGGAAGAAUCGAUUCUACAUUGUGUUUGAAGGUGAAGAAGGUCAAGACGCAGGUGGUUUAUUGCGAGAGUGGUACGUCAUCAUCUCGAGAGAGAUUUUCAACCCAAUGUACGCCUUGUUCACGGUCAGUCCAGGCGAUCGUGUUACAUACAUGAUCAACUCUUCCUCGCAUUGUAAUCCUAAUCACUUGUGCUACUACAAGUUUGUCGGUCGAGUCAUAGCUAAGGCUAUUUAUGACAAUAAACUGUUGGAGUGCUACUUUACACGUAGCUUUUACAAACAUAUUCUCGGAAUUCUCGUCAAGCACACCGACAUGGAGAGCGAGGAUUACAGUUUCUACAAAGGUCUUGUUUAUUUGACCGAAAAUAACAUUUCAGAUCUAGGAUACGAAUUAACAUUCUCAGCAGAGGUCAAUGAAUUUGGCGUCAACGAUGUAAGAGAUUUAAUAGCAAAUGGGCGAAACAUUAUCGUCACAGAAGAAACAAAACUUGAAUACAUUCGAUUGGUCUGCCAGAUGAAGAUGACAGGAGCAAUUCGCAAACAACUUAACGCAUUUUUGGAAGGAUUUUACGAUAUCAUUCCCAAACGUCUUAUUUCCAUUUUCAAUGAGCAAGAACUCGAGUUGUUGAUCAGCGGUUUACCAAAUGUUGACAUUGAAGACUUGAAAGCCAACACUGAGUACCACAAGUAUAGCCCGACGUCAUUGCAGAUCCAAUGGUUUUGGCGUGCUCUGCGCGGUUUUGAUCAAGCAGACCGAGCCAAGUUUUUGCAAUUUGUCACGGGAACUUCAAAGGUCCCACUACAAGGCUUUGGUGCUCUUGAAGGCAUGAAUGGCGUGCAGAAGUUCCAAAUCCAUCGGGAUGAUCGAUCGACAGAUCGCUUACCUUCAGCCCAUACAUGUUUUAAUCAAUUGGACUUACCCGUUUACGAGACCUACGAUAAACUACGCAGUAACUUACUAAAGGCAAUUCACGAAUGCAGUGAAGGAUUUGGAUUUGCGUAAAUUUUUGCUAACGACAUACGGACAUACUCUUACGUCGCAAAUUUGUUUUCUGUAAUGUGUUGCCUCUGCCUAUUCGACAAAGUAAAUUAUAUAUCUGCGUGAUGUAACAAAUGUGAACUGUGCUUGAUCCUCUAUCGAGUUUUUAAAAGAAAAAAAGUAAUGGAGUCAACGUUCUAAUAACACGCAUGUGUAUAUACAUAUACUACAAUGUACAUAUAUAUGUAUAUAUACAUAUGUAUACAUAUAUACGAUUAUGGUGUAAUUAUUGAAAAUAACUUUGAGAAAAAAGAACACUACACGAUUUAAAGUUUAUUUUGUUGAGAAAAAGCUCUGUGAAGUUACGAAGAAGUAUGUAUGUGAAAUAAAGAGAGGAACUUAACGGUAAUUCCCAACAAAAUGGAAUAGGAGAACUAAAAUGUAAGGCUAACCACAUAUAAGACUCUACGAUAAGGUUUCUAUUUAAGGGAGCUGAAACCGGCGUUCUAGAAUAGCUUAAGAGAUCCAAAGCGAUCAAGAUUGUAAUAUACAGCACUCAAGAGAGAAUCAUUGGUGAUAAAUUGUAACAACAGAUAUUUAAUAGUUUGCGUAUAGUUACAGUAUGUGUGAAUGAGAACAUAAUACAAAAUGUUUUCCUAAAAGUUUUACACGAACGCAAAAGUUGUGAAGAAAAAAAAACAGUGGUUAAUAAUUAUUUACGAGAGUGUGAGAUUCAUCCUUAUGUUUUUUUCGUACGCGAAAAUUGAGAGCCUAACUUACCGAUGAAGCCAAGGAGAUUUGCAGUGUAAAAUCUGAAUAGCAACCUUAUUUUAUUUCCUUUUUCUCGUGAGAGUUCUGAAUGAUUGUACACUAUUAGUAUUAAUAACUCUAAUUUUUAUUGAUUAAUAUUAAUAGCUAUAGUAAUUUUUAAAUAAUAUCAUUUAACGAUUAUUAAUUCGAAAUGUGAUGUUAUUAAUGAAAAACGAAGUGUAAUUUUUCCUAAAACCUAAGAAAAAUAAAAAAGUUUACAGUUGAAACGAUACAUACAUAGCUACAAAUCUAAGCGGAAAGAAAAAGCGUCAAUGGUAAAUUACAGAGUAAUAACGUUGUGCAUAAAGAAGAAAAAUACACAGCUCCUUUCGAUAUUGUUAGGGAAUUAUUGCUUAGGAAUCGCUCAAAAACACAGUAAAUGUUGUAUUUCUUAUAAAAAAAAAUUAAUAAUAUAGUCGCUUUGUUUUAUUGUUCGUAAGACAAGUUUGUCCCGACCAUAUACCUUUUUAUUCGAAAAUAUUUUGUUUCGUGUCGUUCAUGUAAAUCUCAGUAAAUUUGUAUUUAAG